CUUCACUCACCGUUUUACUGCGGGUUUUUUUUUUUUGGUUUUAUUAAGAACUUUUGCAAAUAUAGUUAAUUAUUUUAUUACAUCACGUAUCCCGUUGGUAGAUUUGGCUGGACAGUCUUUCUCUUCCUUGUACUGUGCUCAGCCGCACUGCCGUAUCUUCUUGUUUUGCGAAUCUUCGCUGUUAGGUUCAAAUGUUGUUUUUUAUUCCUACUUUGUAAUUUGCUUGCAGGUUAACUGCAGAGCUCUUAUCGAGUUUGUCAUCUGCUUUAAGUUCCGAUGAAAAAGACACGCUCGCUAAAUAUGAGUUGUUGCCGCCGAGUUAUGUGAACUGACAAUCGGCUCAACAUAUCGUCUUGGGUAGCUAUUUCCUCCGUUUAACUCACAGCUAUUUUCUAGUAUUUUUGUAAUUCUAUCCUGUCAAAUAUACCGUGAAAAGCAAUUAAAAGCUCAAAUGUAGCCGCCAGCGUCAGUUAUUUUAUCAAAACAAUGUCCAGUGAGCCACCGUAGGAGUGCGUUUUUCCGUCAGCUGGGAGGGAAACCCGGUCAAGCCUCGGCGCUUCUGCUUGCGGGAGUUCAAGCGACCCGCCGCUCAGGUUGGAACGCGGGUCCCCCCCAACGGCCGUCGAGGGAACUGCAGGAGAGGUCUGCGCCGCCGGGGCAGGGGGAGGGGGCCGAGGGACCCGCGGCUUCUCCCAUAGGCUCUUUGCCGCCGUUUCCGCCGCGUUCGCAUCACCUGCCGCCAGGUAAGCGGCCUUUCUCACCUGUGACCCGCUCGCGCCUUGCCUGAGAGCCGGGUUUUGCGAAGACGUUCUGGCAAGUUGCUUUCCCUCCCCGUCUGCCCUCGGGGCUGCUGCUGCGACACUGGCGACCAAGCCCUGUGGCCAUCUAUGGUGGCUGCUUGUGGCGGCUUCUUGAAAGCGUGGGCCUCCACGGGGUUUUUCAUAGAUUUCCAGUUCGAGAUUUGCAGUGUACCUUUAAGUACCCCAUGAAGUACAUCCUGGUAACUGGUGGUGUUAUUUCAGGAAUUGGUAAAGGAAUUAUUGCAAGUAGCAUCGGCACCAUCCUGAAAUCAUGUGGCCUUCGAGUUACUGCGAUCAAAAUAGAUCCUUACAUUAACAUAGAUGCUGGAACCUUCUCACCUUAUGAACAUGGUGAAGUUUUUGUUCUGAAUGAUGGUGGAGAAGUUGAUUUAGAUUUGGGAAACUAUGAACGAUUCUUGGAUAUUAAUCUUUAUAAGGACAAUAACAUAACCACUGGAAAGAUCUAUCAGCAUGUCAUCAAUAAAGAGAGGCAUGGUGACUACUUGGGGAAAACAGUUCAAGUUGUACCACACAUUACUGAUGCUGUUCAAGAAUGGGUAAUGAACCAAGCAAAGGUUCCUGUGGAUAGCGAUAAGAAAGAGCCACAGAUAUGUGUAAUUGAACUGGGUGGAACUAUUGGAGACAUUGAAGGAAUGCCUUUUGUGGAAGCUUUCCGACAAUUUCAAUUUAAGGCCAAAAGAGAAAAUUUUUGCAAUAUCCAUGUCAGUCUUGUGCCACAGCCUAAUGCUACUGGAGAACAGAAAACGAAGCCUACCCAGAACAGCGUCCGGGCUUUAAGAGGUCUUGGUCUCUCUCCUGAUUUGAUAGUGUGCAGAAGUACUAAGCCUAUAGAAAUGGCGGUGAAAGAAAAAAUCUCCAUGUUUUGCCAUGUAGAACCUGAACAGGUAAUAUUUAUCCAUGAUGUUUCUUCUACUUACCGGGUGCCAAUCCUGUUGGAAGAACAAGGCAUAAUUAAAUAUUUUAAAGAGAGGUUGAACCUGCCAAUCGAUGACUGGCCAAGUGACCUUCUUUUCAAAUGGAAAAAAAUGGCAGAUAGGUAUGAGAGGAUGCUGAAGACGUGUUCUGUAGCUCUGGUUGGCAAGUACACAAAACUGAGUGAUUGCUAUACCUCUGUUUUCAAGGCCCUGGAACAUUCAGCUUUGGCAAUUAAUCACAGACUUGACUUAAUGUAUAUAGACUCAGCAGAUCUUGAACAUAAUACAGAAGUUGAGAAUCCAGUGAAAUUCCAUCAAGCCUGGCAAAAAUUAUGCAAAGCAGAUUGUGUUUUAGUCCCUGGAGGUUUUGGACACAGGGGAACAGAGGGAAAACUUCAAGCUAUUUCAUGGGCAAGAAAAAAGAAGAAGCCUUUUCUUGGAGUUUGUUUGGGGAUGCAACUGGCAGUAGUGGAGUUUGCAAGGAACUGCUUGCACUGGCCAGAUGCAAAUUCAACAGAGUUUGACCCAAGCACUAAGAAUCCUGUUGUCAUUGACAUGCCUGAACAUAAUCCUGGAGAUAUGGGAGGAACAAUGAGAUUGGGAAAAAGGAAAACAGUGUUUAAAGCCGAGGACUCAAUCUUAAGAAAACUCUAUGGUGAUGACUCUUUUGUAGAAGAACGACACAGACAUCGCUAUGAGGUGAACCCUGAGUUGAUUAGUAUAUUUGAAGAAAAAGGUUUGAAAUUUGUUGGCCAUGACACUGAAGGGAGGAGAAUGGAAGUCGUUGAACUGGAUGAUCACCCAUACUUCAUUGGUGUCCAGUUCCAUCCAGAGUUUUCCUCAAGACCCAUGAAGCCUUCACCUCCCUACCUUGGCCUCUUGCUUGCUGCAACAGGAUCACUCAGUGCAUAUUUGCAACGUGGAUGCAAACUGUCUCCGAGAAAGAAUGACAGCUACAGUGAUCUCAGUGAUUAUAGUUUUCCAGAAAAAGAACUUCCUGAAUCAGAAACAAACUGAAAAUUUUGUAAAACAGCAGAAACAUGAAGGAUGCAGAUGAAAACUUCAAGUGGAAGGAAAGGACUUUACAAAGGAAAAAAGCUUUUAAAUCAUCAAAGAAGACUACCACAACUGCUUUCCAUACGUAUCAUGGAGACCUCCUGUGUUCCAGACAAUACUUCUGCUGCCCCAAAGGAAAAAAAAUCAAUUCAAUUGAAACAUAACUCUUUAAAAUUGCAUAAAGGACCAUCCUAUCUUGAUUGCAGUUGAAUCUGUGCUAGCUUUUAGUGGCUGGAAGAGGUGGGAAUAUUUUAAUACAUUUUUAAUCACUUAUAGAAUGUCAGCCUGAAGAGCAUAUUGCUUUUAAAAACCUGGGAGGAAUAUAAUCAGUCUAUUAGAUCAAACUUAAUCUAAAGCUCAUUUCCUAUAAUUUUCUGUGGUUGACCAUCCAAAAAACAAAUGUUUUAGUAAGUGAUGAUGUUAUGCAUACUUUUUCGCCUUGUCCCUUGACUGUAUUGUUGAACGACUGUAACUGUUGGAGUACAAAGACAGUUUAGUAAAUAAUGAAGCACAAGAAUGUAAGCUAUACACUGUUAUAUAAAUCCCAAAUCUUAGUGUCCAUAUCCAUUGUGAAUAAAGUGAAGGAGCUGGUGUGAACAUCGAUUUGAAAUUCAAGUAAUUUCUUUCUUUUGUCCCCCACUGAAAUCUGUUUUGUGCCAUCUGGGUCCAUUUGUACCACAUUAGGACAGUCCUGAAAAUGUUGAAACUUGACUGAACCCAUUUCAUUUUAGUAGCAUUAAUGCACAUAGUAACAUUCAAUAUAGUAGCAUUCAUUUAGUAACAUUCAUUUUAGUAGCAUUAAUGCACAUAGUAACUACAGACAGAACUGCAUUUUAUUUACCGUGUCUACCACAGUGUGGCAGCAGUCAUCUCAUCAAAAACAAAAGGUUUAUUUUGCACUACAUCUACUUGCUUGAAAGUAGUGAAGGUAAGUUUGGGCACCUAGUCAGCUAGUGGUGGCCAUAUUAUUGCACUUUUUAAGAAGACGACUUUCAGGCUGUCCUUUAUUUUCCUAUAAAUUAUAUCAGAUAUUUUUAAUAUGAUCUUUUAUUAAUUGUUUUAGAAAUCCACUGGUUUUCUAAUUCUUAGACCUAUUUGAGACAUGGAAAGAAAUCUGGAAACAUUGACUGUAUUUGAAUUUUUGAACUGCUUAUAUAAUGUGAUGAUAAUUCUGAGAGGUGAUUUACUAGAUAAUUAUAUCUAUCAGAACUUGGUCAUGAUUUCUGUAGCAUGUCAGAGUAUUCUUAAGACCUUCUGUAGAUUUAAAAUGGAUUUUGAAGUUUAUUAAAAUAUUAAAUAGAGAA